GAUGCACCAAUGAUGGAGGAGCAAUUGAAAAAUUCCCCUUUUUGGAUGUGAAGACAUAUCAGCAGAGACCUGCCUCCUCAUCCUCUUUCCUGUGCUCACCUUCAACAUGACUUCACUAUCGGGGUCCAAGGAGAGAUCUGUGGCCGGCCGGGGCAGGAAAUACACAAUGCCUGACACAUCCCCUACUAAAUCGGCCUCUUUUUUUCCGGACACUUGGUACCGUAAGACGUAUGAUGAAACCACCCGGUCCAGCUCCCGUCCCGCCCCAGAGGGUGCUGGCUCUAUGCCCAGUUCCACAGGCACACCAUCUCCUGGCUCGGGGAUUUCCUCACCAGGAUCCCUCUCCGGAUCACCGGGGACCAUCUCGCCGGGGAUUUGCACCGGCUCUCCCGGGUCUCUCGGCGGUUCCCCGGGUUUCGGGACAGGCUCCCCGGCCUCAGGCAGCGAAAGUUCUCCUGGGAGCGAAAGAGGGAUUUGGUGUGAGAACUGCAACACAAGACUGAAGGAGCUGAAAAGACAAGCGCUAAAGCUUCUAAUCCCAGGACCUUAUUCCAGCAAGGACCCAUCAUUCCCCCUCCUCCUCCAUGAUAAGCUACAGGUCCCCAACAGCUCCCGGCGGGCAUGGAAUGAGCGCGACAGCCGCUGUGAUGUGUGCGCCACUCACCUCAACCAGCUUAAACAGGAAGCCGUGCGCAUGGUCCUCACCCUGGACCAGUGGGACUUGUCUCCCUCCUCGUCUCCGCCUCCCCUCUUUGGACGCUACACCUCCCAGGCAGCUUUAGGAGCAUCUGGAUCCCGGGAGUGGCCUUCGCCGUUCCUCCCGACUUCUUCCUCGUCAGCUGCUGCUGCCGCCGCUACGCUCCCUACUCGCUCCUCGUCCCCGUCGCCUUCCCCGAGUCCAGGCCAGACCCCGACUCCCACCCCCAGUCACGGACCACCUCCAACAGGUCACGAGAGUCCCACAAACCAGCAAAGUCAUGGUGCAGGGCUCCGACCGGGGUCCAAACCAAGCUCAUUGGGACUUGGAGGUGGGGUGGAAAGACGGAACGGGUCACCCGGUUCUGGAAAAACAGCUGCGACCCAAGUGAGUGCAAUGAACAGUCCUGGGAAUAGCAGUGCAAACAGCAGCAACAACACAGCAGGCCUACAACACCUAAAUAGAACUAAUGGAGGAGUCACACUAUAUCCAUACCAGAUCUCUCAGAUGGUCUCGGAGGCAUCCAGAGAAUGUUUUACCGAGGCCGCGCUGAACCGCUACAACACAAACUCGCCUUCACACACAAACUCUUCGUCACACACAAACUCACCUUCACACAGUCCGGCGACUACCACCUCUGCAAGCACAGCACAGACCACCGGCUCAUCUGCUGCCUCUUUCUUUGCCAGAGCUGCACAGAAACUCAAUUUAACAUCCAAGAAGAAGAAGCUAAAGGCCGCCACGGCGCCGGUGCCGAUGACCACAUCCUCGCCGAUGUGUGACUCGCAUCUUUUCCCGACCAAUUUUAGCUCCGCCCUCUUGACGGCCCCACCUCCAGCUCCGCCCUGCCUUCUCCGUGCAGCCAAUAAGAUCAAAGACACACCUGGCCUCGGAAAGGUGAAAGUGAUGGUGCGUGUUUGUCCAGUUGCUCAGUCGGAUGCGCCGGCGUCCAGUUCUUUCCUCAAAGUGGACACCAGGAAGAAACAAAUCACCAUCAUGGACCCGUCCGCCAAUCAGCCACCUAGCGCCGCCUCCCAGAAAAAAGCAGGGAGCAGUCAGGUGCCGCCAAAGAUGUUUACCUUUGACGCCGCUUUCCCUCCUGACGCAUCUCAGGCGGAAGUAUGCGCAGGAACGGUUGCCGAGGUGAUUCAAUCGGUUGUGAAUGGAGCAGAUGGAUGCGUCUUCUGCUUUGGACACUCCAAGCUGGGUAAAUCCUACACCAUGAUCGGCCACCAUGACUCCCUCCAGACGCUGGGUAUAAUCCCUUGUGCUAUCUCCUGGCUCUUUAAGCUCAUCAAUGAGAGGAGGGAGAAAACAGGGGCGCGCUUCUCUGUCCGCGUGUCUGCAGUUGAGGUUUGGGGAAAGGAGGAGAACCUGAAGGACUUACUGUCAGACGUGGCCACAGGCAGCUUGCAGGACGGACAGUCACCUGGGGUCUAUCUGUGUGAGGACCCCAUCUGUGGCAUGCAGCUCCAAAACCAGUCGGAACUGCGUGCUCCCACGCCGGAGAAAGCAGCCUGGUUCCUGGAUGCAGCCAUCGCGGCUCGCCACAGCAGCCGACGUCCCAACGACACCACCGAAGAAGACCACAGGAACUCACACAUGCUGUUCACAUUACACAUUUACCAGUACCGCAUGGAGAAGACGGGCAAGGGAGGAAUGUCCGGAGGUCGCAGUCGCCUCCAUCUGCUGGACCUGGGCAGCUGCGACGUCGGCGUACUGGGAGGUGGAACGAGCAGCAAAGGCAGGGAGAACUCCUUGCCCGGCUCGGCGCCUUUAUGCCUUUCGCUGUCAGCCCUUGGCAACGUCAUCCUGGCCCUGGUCAAUGGGAGCAAACACAUCCCAUACAAGGACAGCAAGCUGACCAUGUUGCUAAGGGAGUCGCUUGGCAACAUGAACUGCCGCACCACCAUGAUCGCUCACAUCUCGGCCUCUCCCGGAGACUUCUCGGAAAGUCUCUCCACCAUCCAGCUCGCAUCCCGGGUCCUCCGUAUUAAAAAGAAAAAAAAUAAAGUCACCGUGUACACCUCCAGCUCCUCUGGAGGAGAAAGCUCCUGCGAGGAAGGUCGCAUGCGCCGCCCCACCCACCUGCGGUCUUUCCACCACCGCGGCGACCCUGGCUCGGACCUCCCGCUGCUGCGCCUGUCCAGCGACCCGGAUGAGUACUCCAGCAGUGAGCAGUCAUGCGACACGGUCAUCUAUGUGGGUCCCAACGGUGCCGCCGUGUCAGACAGAGAGCUGACAGACAAUGAGGGUCCGCCAGAGUUUGUGCCCAUAAUUCCUGCCGUGCUGCAGGCUAAAACAUCAGAGGCGCAGCAUCAGAGUCAGGUGCAGCCAGAGCCAGAGAGCCAGGAGCAGCAUGAAGGUCCAUUUCAGCCCCAGCCUGCACAGUCCUUAGUGGGACAGUCUUUAGCCCCCGUGCCUGAGGAGGGGGCCGAGUGCCUAAAGUGUAACACCUUUGCUGAGCUGCAGGAGAGACUGGACUGCAUUGAUGGCAGUGAGGAGGUGACCAAGUUUCCCUUUGAGGAGGUUCCAGCCAGUAAACUAGGUUCCACAGAUCCGUGCUUGCUUUUCCCGGGCUCAGCUAUUCCUGCUGAGCCUGACUCUGCUGCUCCGACAAAUACUGAAGCCAAAACAGGGUCUUCACCUACUCUAGGAAAUGUACUCCAGCUGUCUUUGCCCUCGACAGCCACAUUAAGGAGAAAGACCAACGACCAGCAGUUGCAGGACAUCAAGGAGGUGGUGGAGGAGGCUGAGCUGGCCCAGAGCAUGAUCCACAGUCUGGCUCAGAGUUCCGGUACUGCGGCCCUCAUUGCAGGGAAUUGGAAUGUCACGGGAAGUAAUACCUCUAACCCUCUGCACAGGGCCAAGGCUUCACACCUACAUGACAGUCGUGAAAGUCUGACCAUGGGAGGUAAUGCUGAAGCAAAGACACGCCCACUUGGUUCACCACGCCUCGGCAUCGCCAGUUUGACUAAAACCUCAGAAUACAGGCCUCCAUUGUCGCCUUCACAACGGUGUAAAGUGCACACUCAGAAGUGUGUGACACCAGCAACCCCCCCACUGUCUUCACACACUUUGGCUCAGGACGGACAAAUCACAGAAUCUUUGAACUCUGACAACAGUUUGGCUGCAGACAGUGGCCGCUCCUCCACCGAGUGCCCACUGUCUAGAACUUCUCCUGUGGGUAUGGGUCCCCAAGUCAAAGAUUCCAUCCCAUCGCUAUCUGCCAGCUUGGGUUCAGCCGAAACACUUUGCGAUGAUGAAGUCCCACCCAUACCUUUGGAUACACACAGGGAUGCAUCCAUGCCAGCUGGACCUCACCUGCUCAGUGAGGAAGUACUGGUAUACACGGGGGAUAGCAGAGGAGAGGAUGACUUCCACAUUGCUGCUCUCAUUGCGACUCAGAAUCUGACCUGUCGUCCAAUGAGCAUCAUAAGCUUUAAUAGCGACGGCUGCUCCGUGGACGCCCUUGCUUCAGACUCACAUGCCUCUGCAAUUCUCACAGACUCUGUGCAGGACGGAGCUGCAGAGAACUAUUAUGUGACUCCAAUAAGCUGUGGGGUUACGGAGGUGGUGGCCAAGGCAGAGGUGGCGAUGGCCAAGCUGCGCAUGGAGGGGGAGGCUUUCGUGUCCCCCAUCUCCUCCUGGAUGAGUGAUCUGAGUAUGUGCAGUGAGGCGGAUCAGUCCCUCCACAGCUUCAGCCUGUCCCAAAGUCAGCAAGGGGAAGCCCUGGCUGAAGUGAACUUCUCUUGCGGAUUGGAAGGGUUGAGAAGAGGAAGUCUUGAAGUAGAACUGUCAGAAAAAGAGAGAGGAACUCCAACCAAAGACAGUCUGAGGAAACUGCCUCCAUCAAUGGCUAAGACCACCAUUCAGUCUUUAACGGCACUUGGGAACCUCCCUACUUUCAAGACCCCGAUCAGUACUCAUACAUGUGUAGCUAGUAUAUGCUGCUCAUCGUCAAAACCCACUGUGAUGAACACACUCCCGUUAGCUUCUUUCUCCAGUGAGAUAUGCUUUGAGGACCCCUGGCUGAAGCGGGAUGUGGAUGACAGCUAUUCAGGAGAGAAGCCAGCAGCUGGAAAUGGGAACCUUCAAAAUUUCGGCAGAGAUGUUGAAGAUCACAGAGGAUGUAGUUCUGGCGGAGAGGUGGUAUUAUCUCCAGAUUCCUUCAAGAGAGUGGUGGAUGGUUGUGAGAUGGUUGCUGGUAUACUAGUCCAAGGAACGGCUUUGACUGAUAACUACAACCCAGAAAUCCAUCGCACUGCCAGUCUCCCUCGUGGUUGGCAUCGUCUGAACCGCCAUGACGGCUUAGACAACACAGGGGACUACAAGAAGACUAUCGGUGCCACCUGUUCAACUCCCUGCAGUCCUCGUGCCACACUUGACCGCCGGGGAUCGACUGGCAAACAGGGUUUUUUCUCCCACAAGAAGGGAGGGAUCCCGCCUCUGCCUCCUGUACGCAAGUCCAGCCUUGAUCUGCGGAACAGGGCAGUCAGUCCACUUCACCAACACCUUCAUGGGGUCUCCAUGCUGGGUAGCUCUACAGAUGAUAUGGUGGGAUCUGGAUGUGGCAACAGACCACGAGGUCCCAGCACAGACAGCAGUAAACUUUUUAGUGCCAAGUUGGAGCAACUUGCAAGCAGAACUAACUCUCUGGGUCGAGCCCACAGUAGUUCCCACCACUAUGACUGUUUCUCCUUAGAAAGAGGAGGGGGUGGACUCAAAUGUGACGGCAACAUGUCUCGUACAGGACGCAGCCUCACCCGUGCAGGAUCGGUCUGUUCUCCAUCUGGAAACAAUUUUGGAGCAAAUCCAGGUCCAAGCAGCGCUCCACAGUCGCCGGCAAAAUCCAGUGGCCAGUCAAAGAUCUCGGCUGUCAGUAAGCUGCUGAUGACCAGCAGUCCUAAAGCCAGAAGUCUGUCUGCAUCCAGCACCAAGACUCUCAGCUUUUCUACCAAGUCUCUGAGCCAGGCCUCAAGUAGAAGCUCGAGCUUGCCUCCUAAUGGAAAGCCCCAGACCCCCCUUCAGUGUCCAGUGCAGCAGCAGGGACCCUCUACUACAUCCUGGUCGACACAGUCUCUGAGCCGCAGUCACGCGGGAAGCUUAGCUGCCAAGCUGCCACUGCGAGCUGUCAAUGGUCGUAUCUCAGAGCUUCUCCAAGGAAGUGCAAGCUCACGUUCAAGGAAUCAUUCCCAAGGAGCAGGCGCCGACACAGGGGAGGAGAAAGGGGUUGGAGGUGCAGGUGGUGGGAUCGCUGUCACAGGAAGUGCUGCUGGAGGUGGUCUGGGGGAGGAGAGGCCUACAUCUGUCCAAACUCUUCCUUCUCCCUACAGUAAAAUCACUGCUCCACGAAAACCCCAUCGCUGCAGCAGUGGCCAUGCGAGCGACAACAGCAGCGUCCUGAGUGGAGAGCUGCCCCCGGCCAUGGGGAAGACUGCCCUGUUCUAUCACAGCGGGGGAAGCAGUGGCUAUGAGAGCAUGCUGAGAGACAGCAGCGAGAACACUGGAAGUACUUCCUCGGCUCAAGACUCCGUCAGUGAGCACAGCUCGGCCACCACCUCCUCCAGACGCAGCUCCAAGAGCAACAAGAAGAGCAGGAGCAACACUGGACACUUGGGAGGUCUCCAGCGUCGUCGGCUUAUCCCUGCACUGACCUUGGACUCUUCCACCUCUUCGUCUCCUCACCGCUCCAACAAACAGCCCAUAACGUCCUCGUCCUCCUCGUCCUCGAGCCCAGGUGCAUGCUGGGUAGAUGGGCCUCUGGGGCCGCCUGCUCCCAUGAAUGUCCGAAGUACAGCGGCCACAACGGAGACCUUUGAGAUCAAGGUGUACGAGAUAGACGACGUGGAGCGCCUGCAGAAGAGGAGGGACAAAGGCAGGGCCAAAGAGACGGUGUACGUCAGUGGUAAACUUCGCCUUCUGGAGCACCGUCAGCAGCGCAUCAGCGAGGUCCGAUCCAAGUACCAGUGGUUGAAGAAAGAGCUGGAACAAACCAAACAGUACCUGAUGCUGGAGCCGCACACUUGGACCACAGAGUUCGAGCUGCAGCAGGUCUUCGAGGUGGACUCCCUGGAGUAUCUGCAAGCUCUGGAAACAGUGACGGACAAACUGGAGACCCGAGUGAACUUCUGCAAAGCUCAUCUCAUGAUGAUCACGUGCUUUGACAUGGCGUCCAGACACCGGUAGACGGGCAGACGGAGGACUCGGGCCAGGUGGAGGAUGACUAUGAAGGAUGAACUCACCUCACAUGUCUCCUUCAGUUGUAAGUAAGCAGAAGGACGUCCAGAUGGCGGAGGAGAGAGACGAAUCUGCUAGAUUUAUCUCACUGGGCUGCAAAUAAGUAACUUUACCUUAGGAAUGUAUGUACCACCAUACUGCCAUCUUUUUUUUAAUGUUAAUACGGACAAAGCCGUAAAAAGGUGUGACCAUUUUGGGGGAGCACUUUCAAAAACUGUCAGACAAAAGUCUGAUAUCGUUGUGCAGUUCUUUAAAAACAAAAAAUGACCAAGGGGACGAAUACAUAUGAUGAUAAAAAGUGCCUUGUUAACAAUUGAAAAAUACUAUUAUCUACAUACUGCAUAGUAUGGUGCUAGCAUAGUGAAAAAAGAUUAGUGUCUUUGAACUCAUUGCCAUAAUGUGAUGUGUUACUGUGGGUCAUUGUUUCCAUAUAUGGGCACACAUACAGUGCAGUAGACAGUGUGUUUGCAGGUCAUUGGUUGUGAGACUUAAAAUAACAAAACACUCCAGAAUGUGAACGCCAUCUUAUUUACAAAAGGGACCAAAAAUAUGUGUGUGUGAAGUUUACUAUGGAGAAACUUCAGCACGUUGUGUUUAAACAGGGACAUGUACAAGCUAGGCUGUGUUCACACUUGUAAUAAAAUAACAAUGAUAAAAGAUACAUGAUGCGCACAGUAGGUCCAAUUUGCUUAGCAUUCACUAGGUCAAGAGUUUUUCUAACUCAGUGACCCAAAUAUAAGACAACCCUUCUUCAGAAAGACCAGUUAUUGUAAGAAAAAAAUCCAAAAAUCAAUAUCAGUCAUACAGUAUCAGUGAAAUAAUUGGUGGAUUACAGAAAAAAAAAAGAUAUAUCAAUGUCUUACCCGCUAAACA